CCUCGUCCAACUUCACGCCAAGUAUUCAAAAGCUUAACCUCGCAUCUCUAAUCCUUUCUAACCUAAACCUUACCACACAUAUCAGAAAAUGGGAGACCCAGCACAGAUCAACCGCUCCCUUGGGAAUCUUCACAAUGAACUCCAAUACCUCGCAUCAAUUGGUAUAAUUUCUACCCCGCAGAUGCAGUCAAUCCAAGCGCAACUUCCUCAAAAUGGCCAGCCAUCCCCAUACGCCGACUCCAGAUUCGCCGGGGGUGCCUACCAAUUGAACCCUUCGCUGGUUGCUCAGCAAGCGCAAAACCCUAACAACCCUGCGCAUCCCGAUAAUCCCAAGCAUCAUGAGUGGGCGAAAAACCUGGGGAUGAAGUUUGGUAAUGCGGCUGUUUAUGGGGCUGGAGCUACUUUUGGAGCGGAUCUUGUGAAUGAUGUUAUGCGCAAGUUUUAAAGAAACAGCAUAGUUGUGUCGUCUGCAAGAAGUGUGGGCAUUCUUGUUUUCUAAACAGCCACAAUAUAGACAGUAGUAUUUUG